GAGAUUGCUGGAGAGUGUUUUAUUUCUGUCUUGUCUAAUGCUAACAACACUACUGAAGAAUGGUGUGUAGAAAGACUGAGUCAGAAAAGCAUAGCUUUAGAUUGAAAAAUACAGUGCAAUUUGGUGUCAGGAACCAGCUGUCACCCUGAGUAGGUGGGAGAGAGGAAAAGCAAACUGGUUGCUAUUCAUUAGUGCUGUCUGAUAUACAGGAUGCUGAUGUCAGAGCUGACGGGAGGGCAGGAGACUAAGAUGUUGCAAAAUAAAGCAGGUGGAAAGUACCUAUAACAGGUUGCUUCUACCGUUGCUACAUUGGAAGAAAAGAAAAAACAGUGUUAAUCUGUGUUGUUGUGCCUAGAAAUUCAGUUAGAUUGCAGUGGAAGAGUUUAGGAGUGGAAAUGGCUGCAAGGGAAUGACAGAGACUGUCAUAAAAGAGGGGAUGCUGAUGAAACAGACCAGCUCAUUCCAGCGCUGGAAGAGGCGAUAUUUCAAACUGCGAGGACGAACGCUCUACUAUGCAAAAACUGCAAAGUCGAUAAUUUUUGAUGAGGUUGAUCUGACAGAUGCCAGUGUGGCAGAAUCUAGCACUAAGAAUGUCAACAACAGCUUCACGGUUAUCACCCCAUGUCGGAAACUCAUCCUCUGUGCGGAUAACAGAAAAGAGAUGGAAGAUUGGAUUGCAGCACUGAAGACUAUACAGAACCGUGAGCAUUUUGAGUCUACGCAGUACAGUAUGGACCAUUUCUCAGGGAUGCAUAACUGGUACGCCUGCUCACAUGCUCGGCCAACGUACUGCAACGUGUGCCGGGAGGCAUUAUCUGGGGUCACGUCGCAUGGACUCUCGUGUGAAGUAUGCAAGUUUAAAGCUCACAAACGGUGCGCUGUCCGGGCAACCAACAACUGCAAAUGGACGACACUGGCGUCUAUUGGGAAGGAUAUAAUUGAAGAUGAAGAUGGGAUUUCAAUGCCACACCAGUGGCUGGAAGGAAACCUCCCCGUGAGUGCCAAAUGCAUGGUGUGUGAUAAAACAUGUGGCAGCGUUUUGCGCUUACAAGACUGGCGCUGCCUCUGGUGCAAAGCCAUGGUACACACAACCUGUAAAGACUUGUUACCAACUAAGUGCCCCCUCGGCCUCUGUAAAGUAUCUGUCAUCCCUCCCACGGCUCUGAACAGCAUUGAUUCAGAUGGGUUCUGGAAAGCCACUUGCCCCCCGUCCUGCACAAGCCCCUUGCUGGUCUUUGUCAACUCAAAAAGUGGAGACAACCAGGGUGUAAAAUUCCUAAGAAGAUUCAAACAGCUGCUGAAUCCGGCACAGGUCUUUGACCUUAUGAAUGGAGGACCUCACCUUGGUUUACGUUUAUUCCAGAAAUUUGACACUUUCCGGAUUCUGGUUUGUGGUGGGGAUGGAAGUGUUGGAUGGGUUCUGUCCGAAAUUGACAGCCUCAAUCUUCACAAACAGUGCCAGUUGGGAGUGCUGCCCCUGGGUACAGGAAAUGACUUGGCCCGGGUGCUAGGAUGGGGAUCUGCAUGUGAUGACGACACCCAGCUACCACAGAUCCUGGAGAAGCUGGAGAGGGCCAGUACCAAAAUGCUGGACAGGUGGAGCAUCAUGGUGUAUGAAACCAAACUCCCUCGUCAGUCAUCGACUUGCACAGUCACUGAAGAUUUCAGUGAGGAUUCUGAGGUGCAGAAGAUUCUCUUCUAUGAAGAUUCUGUGGCUGCUCAUUUGUCCAAAAUCUUGACUUCUGACCAACACUCUGUGGUCAUCUCCUCAGCCAAGGUGCUUUGUGAGACAGUGAAGGAUUUUGUGGCUCGAGUAGGGAAGGCCUAUGAGAAAGCGACGGAAAGCUCGGAGGAGUCGGAGGUCAUGGCCAGGAAGUGCUCUGUCCUGAAGGAGAAGCUGGACUCCCUUUUGAAGACAUUAAAUGAUGAAUCUCAAGCCUCUUCAUCUCUAUCAAACCCACCUCCCACCAUUGCAGAGGAGACAGAAGAUGGUGAUGGAUCUGGCAGUGCUUGUGAUUCUUCUAGUGACCACUCCAUGGGAUCAUCAUGCACUGCCCGUCCCCAGAUAUUCCGGCCUAGAGAGCAGCUAAUGUUGAGAGCAAACAGCCUGAAAAAAGCCAUUCGUCAGAUUAUAGAGCAUGCAGAAAAAGCUGUGGAUGAGCAGAAUGCCCAGACACAGGAGCAGGAGGGCUUCAUCCUGGGGCUUUCCACCGCUGAGGAGGGAAAGGAGCUGAGGAACGAGGAUAAAACCUCCCUGCAGCCAUCGCACAGUGACAACUAUGGAGUUCCCAAAGGGAGGAGUCAUCGGAAAGUGUCCAAAUCUCCUUGUGAAAGGCUAAUAAACAAAGGAAGUUUGUCGCUGGGCAGCUCUGCAUCUCUUCCUCCCCAGACAGGAAACCGGGACAACCUGCCAAUGCUCAACACAAAGAUCCUCUACUCGAAUAUUCGUGCUGGUAUGUCUGGUUCUCUGCCUGGGAGUUCGGUCAUCAGCCGAUUGUUGAUCAGUGCAGAUCCCUUUAACUCUGAGCCAGAAAACCUAGAGUGUUACACAGAGAAGUGUGUCAUGAAUAAUUAUUUUGGAAUUGGAUUGGAUGCAAAGAUCUCUCUGGAUUUCAACAACAAACGUGAUGAGCACCCAGAGAAGUGCAGAAGUCGUACUAAAAACAUGAUGUGGUAUGGAGUGCUCGGGACCAAGGAGCUGCUACACAGAACAUACAAGAACUUGGAGCAAAAAGUCUUGCUGGAGUGUGAUGGGCGUCCGAUCCCUUUGCCCAGUCUUCAGGGGAUCGCUGUACUCAACAUUCCCAGCUAUGCUGGAGGCACUAACUUCUGGGGAGGCACCAAAGAAGAUGAUACAUUUACAGCCCCUUCCUUUGAUGACAAGAUCUUGGAGGUGGUAGCCGUGUUUGGUAGCAUGCAGAUGGCAGUAUCACGAGUGAUUAAUCUACAGCAUCACCGGAUUGCACAGUGCCGGACUGUGAAGAUAGCAAUCCUGGGAGAUGAGGGAGUGCCUGUACAAGUGGACGGAGAAGCCUGGAUUCAACCCCCUGGUUAUAUUUGGAUUGUUCAUAAGAACAGGGCACAGACGCUAACUAGAGACAGGGCAUUUGAGAGCACCCUAAAGUCCUGGGAAGAUAAACAGAAGUGUGAGUUGCCCCGGCCCUCCUCUUUCUCCCUGCACCCGGAGAUCAUGUCUGAAGAAGAGUCCACCCAGAUUAACCAGUUUGGUCAAGCAGCAGGAGCUCUGAUUCAUAGCAUUCGGGAAAUAGCCCAGUCCUAUCAAGACAUGGAACAGGAACUUGCUCAUGCAGUCAAUGCCAGCUCCAAAUCUAUGGACAAAGUAUAUGCCAAAUCCAAAUCGACAGAGGGUCUGAACUGCAGCCUGGUUGUAGAGAUGGUGAAUAAUGUUAAAGCCCUGCAUAGUGAGACAGAGCUUCUGCUGGCUGGCAAGAUGGCACUGCAGCUGGAUCCUCCACAGAAGGAGCAGCUCCUAGCAGCCCUGACAGACAUGGACCUUCAGCUGAGGAAGCUAGCAGACAUCCCUUGGCUAUGGCAACUCAUGGAGCCCAGCGAUGAAGAGAACCAGAUGCUGGAUUAUUCCAAACGCAGCCGCAGUGGCAAAUUUCGGCUGGUGACCAAGUUUAAAAAGGAGAAAAACAACAAGAAUAAGGAGACUCGUAGCAGCAUGGGACUGCCUGUUCACCUCUGGGGAACGGAGGAGGUUGCGGCCUGGCUUGAGCAUCUCAGUCUUUGUGAGUAUAAGGAUAUCUUCAUCCGGCAUGACGUCCGGGGCUCUGAGCUCCUGCAUCUCGAACGGCGGGACCUCAAGGACCUGGGAGUGACCAAAGUGGGUCACAUGAAGAGGAUAUUACACGGGAUCAAGGAGCUGAGCCGGAAUACUCUUGUCAGCGAGGUUUAGCCUCUGUUUUCACAGCCUGUGUCUACCAUUCCCCCUAACUUCUGCACAGCAUUCACCUCCCAGAGCAGCUAUGCUCAAAACUGUUGCUGUUCAGAGUUCAUAUCAGCCAGUCAUGGUGCUACCUUUUUUCAAGUGGGGUACAGUUGCAUCCAGCAAGAGGCACCUUAUCUGUUGAUGGGGGUGGAGCCUCCCAGAAGAGAACUCAUCAGCCAUUUGAAGAACCCUGUCCUUUGACAUGGAAAGUCUUAGUUCUGGUGACAAUGCAGGACAACUGACAAUUGCAACACAGCUACCUUUAGUGUGUGAUUUCAUCAUAUUGGAAUUAUUCAGGGCAAAAGAUGUAUUGGCCAGUCAUAGUCUUUUCAGAUCCGAGACUCCCACUGGUCUGUAUGUGACAGCUGUAUCUGAUAAUGCUCAAAUGGGGCAACGCUUGUCCUUUUGACCUAGUGGAGCCCCCUUCUGGAUACAUCCUUCAAUUGCAUGUGACCUGCAAGAGAAGCUCAAAGCCAGUGCAAGUCUUCCCUUGCAGUGAUUCUCUCUGUGUCACUUAUGCCUUGCAACAAACAAUGCAUGUGGUUACAGCCUUUUGCACCAGCCUACAGUCUCACCGUAGGCCUGUGUCUGUCAUUCUUCUUCAGCCAAUCAUGGUGGUGCAGCCAAAUUCACAGCCAUUGCAGUUAGGUGAAAAUUCCAGCCGGUCACAGAGGACAUUCUCUGGCUAGCCCCUUAUCCCUUGACAAUAGAGCAAAAAUAGUACAGGCAGUUCACUUAUUAAAUCACCCAUUCAGGAUUCAUCUUUAGGAGACUUGGGGGGAAGAGCCACUCAGGGCAGGAGGGGUAAAUUAGCCAAAUGGGAUACAGAAAUAAUUCAACCUACCUUGUUAGGGGAGCAGCAUGUCAGGCACCAGAUUGGAGCCAGUUAGGAAUGGCUUCUUUUCAGGUCAGUGCCACUUCCAUGGCCACAAGUGAAUGGACCUGUGGCUUUAAUUUAUAUCCAAGGGCAAAAAACACUCCCCUCUCUUGAAGGCUAUGAAGCUAUCAUUGAAACUUACAUCUUUUCCCCUAUUUAAGUCUUUGUGUUGCUGUUCCCUCCCUGGUCUCUCUCAAGCUGCCUUGUUCCCUCACAACAGUGCUGGCGGAUGCCAAAGGAAACAGGGUCACUUACUCUUCAUGGUACUGUACCUGCUACUAAGAGAGCCAUGUGCCUUGGAACAUUGAGGGAUUUUGUAGAAGCAUCUGGGGUUAGUGUUACAUGGCAGAGGAGUAUCAUGUUGAAAAGUGAUGCCCCUUUGGCAACUAGCCUCUAAUGCCAGCAUGUGGAAGAUGGGAAAAUUAGCACUUCUGAAUCAGAGGUUAUAGACUGCUUCCAGAUUUCUGUUUUAUUGACUAACCUCUGUCAAGUGACUGGCGAAGCCCAAAGCCCAGCAGACCUAGUUCAGUUGAUGUGAUUAUCACUGGGGAGAGGGCUUGCUGGCAGUUAACACCAAAAAGCUGGAAAAAGGGGAGGACUUUUUCAUUACAUCUCUUGUAUGUGUUUAUUUUUUUAAACGAAUGGCACUUGGCUGACCCUGCCUGUAGGCAGGGAAAUGAGCACAUACACAGUGACACACAAUUUAAUUUCUGAGGGCAACUUAUUUUUCCUGUUCUUCAUAAGGCUUUUUUUAAAACUGCCUUAGCGCCAUAUAGUUAACUGAACCUGCGGUGUCAGACAUGAUGUUUUAUGUGAUGGGAGACUAUGAGCCAAUUUCAGCCCUCGUGCCAACUCCUUUGAAUUCAAGAGAAUUACCCCAAGGGUUAUUUGGGCCUUGAGUGUAUGGUCUUGUUUUCUCUCCAGUUCUUGUCUCCCUACACAUCUCCGUUUCGAACAGAGGACAUUGAGGUUUGCUUAUGCAGAGUGGAGAGAAGGCUACACCUGCUUGAUUCCCAUAGCAAAACACCUGAUAUAAACCAUUGUAGUGAGGGAGCAGAGAGAAGAAAUUUUGCAGCUCUGCUCCAAGAGCUUUUCCCUCCUUACUCUUCACUAGCAUCCCUUUCCACAGUGAUUUUUUUUUCUUUAUUAGUACAAAGCCCUCUUACUGCAUUGGAUCCCCUAAUGUAUUGAACAAGUAAGAAUCAUAGACAAUUUUAUUUCCCAAAGUUCUCUUCCAGCUGCUUUCAUUUGCUUGUUUGGACGCUGAUCAAGGCCUGUGUGAGUGUUAGGAAAACCCACUGGUAAGCGGAGCCGUGGGACAUAAUGAAGAAUAUUGCUGCACUUUUUCAUUCUUACUGAUGACAACCAAGUAGCACCUGCUUCAUGGUAUUUGCAAGAGUGUGUGUGUUGGUAGUAGUGUAUACACAGGUAGGAGAACACCGCAGGGAAGAGAAGUACCAUGUGAUAAUUCUGGAGGAAGAUGCAGCAAAGAAAGAGGGGAUUUCUCUCUUUUUGCUCAGAUUGUGAAAGAACCACAAUUCUUGCUAGCUAUGCUUCUUUAAAAUUCGUGCUGACUAUGCUUCUUUAAGAUGUCUCAUGGUUAGAAGAACAGUGUGUGCUUACCAUGCUUGCAUUACUUAGUUCAGGAUGGAUUCAGUUCUUGCCUCAAUAGGAACAGUUCCUCUAUUUUUUUUUUCCUAAUCACACUGAUGGUGAGAUCCUAGCAGGUCCCCUCCUGUCCAAACAUACUACUUAGAACUACAUCUUAUCCUAGGAGUACUGAAGGUCACUGGUUUAUCUGCUUUUGGCAAUGUGUCCAUUUAGUCAAGGAGUUAAACUCUGCACUCUUUAUUUCCCUCUGUGUACCCCAAUAUAUUUCUUUUCAUUGGUGAAUUUUCCAAAUACGCUUAUAGCAAUGUCACUCUCCAUUGCAUUAGAUAUCCUCCAGGAGCAUCCCAUGGGGAUGGAGACACACAUUCUGCCUCCUUUUGAGAAUUAGAGAAUGGGAUCUUAUAUUUAACCCGAGUGCCUUUGGCUGUGCAUGAGGUACAUAUCUAAAGAGAGGGUGUACCACAGUUCCACUGGGAGUAAUGCCAUCUCUCUAUAGCUCAGGGCCUUGGUCUAAAAUGGGAGCACUGGUGUCAAACAUCAGUGAAAGAUGUCUCCAUACCUUUGAUGAUCAGACUGAGGUUCUAGCUUACCUAUUCAGAGUUGUCCCUCUGGUAUCUGAUAAGCUUUUCUGUGGGAGAGAAAAUGGCUUGGACAACUCAGGAAAACGAGACUGAAAAAAAUGUCACUGCUGCUUGCCAAAAACAAAACUCUCCUGCCCUGUCAAGCAAAACACCCACUUGGGAGAAGUUAGAACUUCACAGGUCUCUUGUACAAGUUCGGUCUUGUAAUUAAAAUGCUACUAGUGUCAAGGCCUCAGGUCACCUUCUGCCUCGUCAGUCCACUCUCCUGGCAAUGAUUUAGGAGGGGAGGAGCAGUGUUUUACUGUGGCAAAUUGGGCAUGUGGUUUCUGUUACCAAUAAUGGAAGUUCAGUGCCUCGUUUACCAGACAUUGCAGUGGAAAUUUACUCCUUGGUGGCAGAUCCUGCCCUGUCACCCUAUUCAGCCCCAUUCAGUUUUUGAGGUUGCAUGCAGUAUGAGUUAGAACAAGAUUUGCCCACGAGCUGAUCAGGAAUGUCCUAGUGUGGGCCUCCUCGGGGAGGGAAGGGGUUUAAUUUAUAACAUGGUCUUACCUGUUUUGCUGGAGUUCCUUUACAGUGCUUAGAUUAUAAGCGUUUGACCAAGAACAGCAUGUGCCAGCUGUUCAGUGUAGGUGCAGUGUGUUAUUUAUUCUGUUUAGCUCUAGUGGAGACUUGUGUUCUGUCAGACCAUGAAGACUUGGUCAGUAUAGAUUUAAGUAGAGGGAUCCCAUCUCUAGAAAAGCGCCUCUGCAGCUAGGAACCUCACGGACUGUACAGAGCCGCUUAGUCCCAGAAUUCCUUGGACUGCUCCCGACUCCUAUUCAAAGCUUCUCUUGUUAUUUUAGUAUUAUUUAAAGAUGCAUAUAUGAGCUGUGUGAUAAAGUGAAAGACUGUUUACACAAAAAAAAUUUGUAUCUUCAGAAACGUGUACUGUAAAAAAGAAAGAUGAAAAAUAAUAUUGUUUAUAAGGCUGUCAGCAGUAAUCACGUGUCCGUAUCGCUGCCUACCAACUGUUAUUCCUCAGGGGUGUCCACACCAUUCCUGUGAUCCUGUCAAAAACAUAGGGAAGCACCUGGAUCCCUGUACAGUUUUGGAAAGAAGGUUUUGUGCCUUAAGAAUGGGAUCUGCUCCCCUCCUAUUUAUUAUCGUAAUUUAUACAGUGAUUGCCAUGGAAACGCCUCUUGUAUUUUAUGUACAUAGUUUGCUGUUGAUUGUUGUAAAUAAGUUGUUCUUGUAUAUAAAGCUAACCUGUUUCUGAUCUUCCGGAA